UCUUCCCUCCCUUGGAGCCGCAGUCAAAAGCCUCAGUGGGGAGGGACGGACGGCGCGGCUGAGCCCUGCAAAACCCGCCCCGGGCGGGCUGGCGAGGCGAGCUUCACAGCCGGGCUCCCCAACCCGCGCCGCGCGAGGGACGCGGUGGCCGCAGAGCCUGCGGGUCACUGGACACGCUGGGGCUCUGAGCCGGCGCCCACCAUGCGCCCCGGGACGGCGCGGAGGCCGCCCGCGCUGCUGCUGCAGCUCCUGCUGGUGCUCCUGGCGGCGGCGCCCACGACAGGCAAGGGCUGUGUCUGUAAAGACAAAGGCCAGUGCUUCUGUGAUGGGAUCAAAGGAGAGAAGGGGGAGAAAGGCUUUCCUGGACCCGCUGGUUCUCCUGGCCAGAAGGGGUUCCCAGGUCCCGAAGGCUUGCCUGGACCGCAGGGACCCAAGGGCUCACCAGGACUUCCAGGACUCACCGGUCCCAAAGGUGGAAGGGGAAUAACUGGAUUGCCAGGAUUCUCAGGUCCUCCUGGACUUCCAGGCACCCCGGGCCAUCCUGGACCAUAUGGACCUGCUGGUGUACCAGGGUGCAAUGGUUCUAAGGGUGAGCAAGGGUUUCCAGGCCUUCCGGGGAUACCAGGCUACCCGGGGAUCCCGGGUGCUGUUGGCUUGAAAGGAGAAAAGGGAGCUCCUGCUGCAGAAGGUAUAGAACUUGAUGGAAAAGGUGACCCCGGGUUGCCAGGAGCCCCAGGAUUACAGGGCUUACCAGGCCUUCCAGGUUUUCCUGGACCCAUUGGUCCACCUGGCCCUCCAGGGCUCUUUGGCUUUCCAGGAACCAUGGGACCUCCCGGACCUAAGGGUCACAUGGGCGAUAAUGUGAUAGGACAAAAAGGAGAGCGGGGUGUGAAAGGAUUGACAGGACCCCCUGGACCACCAGGAACGGUUAUUGUGACGCUAACCGGCCCAGAUAACAGAACGGACCUCAAGGGAGAGAAAGGGGACAAGGGAGCCAUGGGCAAAUCCGGACCUCCUGGACCCUCAGGACCGCCUGGGGAAUCUUAUGGAGCUGAAAAAGGUGCUCCUGGAGAACCUGGCCCGCAGGGAAAACCUGGAAAAGACGGAACCCCUGGUUUCCCUGGCACUGAGGGAGCCAAAGGCAACAGGGGCUUCCCUGGGUUACCAGGAGAAGACGGCAUUAAGGGGUGGAAAGGGGACAUUGGCCCUCCAGGAUUCCGUGGUCCAACAGAAUAUUAUGAUGCAUACCAGGAAAAGGGGGAUGUAGGAAUUCCAGGCCCACCAGGCCCCAAAGGAGCUCGUGGCCCACAGGGUCCCAGUGGUCCUCCUGGAGUUCCUGGAAGUGCUGGGUCGUCGAGGCCUGGCCUCAGAGGAGCCCCUGGAUUCCCAGGCGUGAAAGGAAGGAAAGGGGAACGAGGACCCCCGGGAAAGAAUGCAGUGGGGCCUCCUGGGUCCCCGGGUUGUCCUGGGGCACCAGGCCCCACAGGGUCGCCGGGAUACCCAGGACCACCAGGUGACAUCAUUUUUCGCAAAGGUCCACCUGGAGAUAGUGGACUUCCAGGCCCUAUAGGGCUUCCAGGAAUCCCAGGAGUCGAUGGGCCCAAAGGGGAACCAGGCCUCCUGUGCAUCCAGUGCCCUUGUGUCCCAGGGCCUCCGGGCCUCCCAGGAUUGCCGGGGUUAGACGGCAUGAAAGGAAUCCCAGGUGGACAAGGGCCAGCUGGCACUAAAGGAAGCCCAGGGUCGCCAGGAAGUGCGGGUCUUCCCGGAUAUCCAGGGUUCCCGGGUGUUCAGGGGGAUCCAGGACUUAAAGGAGAAAAAGGGGAAGCACCUCAACCUGAUGGACAAGUGGGUGCCCCAGGGGACCCUGGGCUCAGAGGGCAUCCUGGAAGAAGAGGCUUGGAUGGAAUUCCUGGAACCCCCGGGGUAAAAGGAUCACCAGGACCUAAAGGGGAACCGGCCCUGACUGGUGAGAAGGGGGACCAGGGUCCUCCAGGGGAUCCCGGCACCCCUGGGCCCCCGGGACCUGCAGGACCACCUGGACCACCAGACUAUGGACCGCAGGGAGAGCCUGGUCCAAAGGGUACCCAAGGAAUUCCUGGAGCCCCCGGACCACCUGGAGAAGCCGGUCCUAAGGGAGAAUUCAGUGUUGCGACACCAGUCCCAGGGCCCCCAGGACCUCCAGGGCUCCCUGGCCGUGCUGGCCCCCAAGGUCCGCCUGGUAUCCCUGGAUCCAUAGGAAAAUGUCGUUAUCCGGGUCUUCCUGGGCCCGAUGGUGAACCAGGGAUUCCAGGAAUUGGCUUCCCUGGGCCCCCAGGACCUAAGGGAGACCAAGGUUUUCCAGGAGCAAAAGGAUCACCAGGUUGUCCAGGAGAAAUGGGAAAGCCUGGGUCACCUGGAGAACCAGGUCUCCCCGGAGCCAAGGGAGAGCCGGGACUAGCCUUGCCUGGAGAACCAGGAACGCCAGGUUUUCCGGGAGAAAGAGGCAAUUCUGGGAAAAAUGGAGAAAUUGGACUCCCUGGACAUCCAGGUCUCCCUGGAAUUCCAGGAACCAGAGGGCUUGAUGGACCACAAGGGGAUCCAGGGAAGGCUGGACCACCUGGAGAAAAAGGACCCCCAGGAAGGUGCAUGGAGGGUCCCAGGGGAGCCCAAGGACUUCCAGGAUUAAAUGGAUUGGAAGGUCAACAAGGCAGAAGAGGUGAAACGGGGCCAAAGGGAGACCCAGGUAUUCCAGGCUUGGAUAGGUCAGGCUUUCCUGGAGAACCCGGACCACCAGGGAUGCCAGGUCAUCGAGGUGAGGUGGGACCACCUGGUCAAAAAGGAUAUCCAGGAAAUCCAGGAUUUUCAGGACCACCAGGUGAAAAAGGAACGAUUGGCAUGAUGGGCUAUCCGGGACACAUUGGUCCUCCGGGGCCUCCCGGAAACCCAGGAACCCCAGGACAGAGGGGUGACUUUGGAAUCCCAGGAGCAAAGGGUGAGAAAGGGCACCCAGGAGCCCAGGGUGAAGAAGGAGACAAAGGACCCCAGGGGCCUUCUGGAAUAUCCCACCUACUGGGGGACAAAGGAGAACCAGGCCUCAAAGGAUUUGCAGGGAAGCCGGGUGAGAAAGGAAACAGUGGUGUUCCAGGGUUACCGGGUUUAAAAGGACUCCAAGGGCCACCUGGACCACCAGGACCACCAGGCCCCAGAGGAGAUCCAGGCAACAUUGGGAAUCCCGGGGCACCAGGACCACGUGGCGUGCCAGGAAGCAUGGGGAUCAUGGGGGUGCCAGGUCCUAAAGGACACAGGGGAGCUUUGGGACUACCAGGUUUAACUGGAAGGCCAGGCCUCCCAGGUGUUCACGGUCUCCAAGGAGAGAAGGGAGAGCCGGGUUACUCAGCAGGUGCAAGGCCAGGAUCACCGGGACCAAAGGGAGAUCCAGGAUUUCCAGGUGACAUGGGAAGGAAAGGAGAAAGAGGGGUACCUGGAGCACCUGGACAUUCGGGGCCUGCUGGACCUGAGGGAGCCCCUGGAAACCCCGGAAGUCCUGGUCACCCAGGAAAGCCAGGCCCUGAUGGUGAUUUGGGGUUAAAAGGCAUUAAAGGCUUCCCCGGUCCUCCAGGAGUAAAAGGCCCUCCAGGACCUCCAGGAUUUCCAGGACCUCCCGGACCAAUGGGGAUGAGAGGCAACCAGGGACGUGAUGGAAUCCCUGGCCCAGCAGGAGAAAAGGGAGAAACAGGUUUGCUGGAAGCCGUUCCAGGCCCCAGAGGGAGCCCUGGAGUCCCAGGAGCCAAAGGAGACAGGGGAGCCCCAGGCUUACCCGGCCUCCCCGGCAGGAAAGGGAUAGUGGGAGAUGCCGGGCCGUGGGGACCCACCGGCAUGACGGGACUCCCAGGACCACCGGGUUUUCCUGGCGCAGUCAUCCCUGGCCAGAAAGGAGAUCGAGGUCCACCAGGCUUCAGAGGAAACCCAGGUGACCCUGGUCCUCCGGGACCUCCAGGGAGUCACGUGAGAGGCUUGAAAGGAGACAAGGGGCUUCUGGGCGAGCCUGGCCCUAGAGGUCCGCCUGGAACUGUAGGAGAUGAGGGGCCACCGGGUCAGCCGGGAGCACCAGGUGCCCCAGGUCUGCCAGGGCUCAGAGGUGAUCCGGGAUUCCAUGGAUUUCCAGGGGUAAAAGGGGAGAAGGGUAAUCCAGGAUUUCUGGGACCAGUUGGACCUCCAGGGCAAAUUGGGCCAAAAGGACCACCCGGUAUACGUGGAGGCCCUGGCACAGUUAAGAUCAUCUCCCUUCCGGGAAGCCCAGGGCCACCUGGACCUGUUGGAGAACCAGGGAUGCAAGGAGAGCCUGGGCCACCGGGGCCACCAGGAAUCCUAGGACCCUGUGGGCCAAGAGGCAAACCAGGCAAGGAUGGAAGGCCGGGAACUCCUGGGCCAAUUGGAGAAAAAGGCAACAAAGGCUGUAAAGGAGAGCAAGGACCCCCAGGUUUGGAUGGACUGCCAGGCUUGAAGGGCAAACCUGGAGACAUUGGACCACCCACAACUGCAACAACCAUGAGAGGCUUCAUCUUCACCAGGCACAGUCAGACCACAGCCAUCCCUUCCUGCCCAGAAGGCACACAGCCGCUCUAUAGUGGGUUCUCUCUUCUUUUUGUACAAGGAAAUGAACAAGCCCACGGACAAGACCUGGGAACUCUUGGCAGCUGCCUGCAGCGAUUUACCACAAUGCCAUUCUUGUUCUGUAACAUCAAUGACGUAUGCAAUUUUGCAUCUCGAAAUGAUUAUUCAUACUGGCUGUCAACACCAGCUCUGAUGCCAAUGGACAUGGCUCCAAUUACUGGCAGGGCCCUGGAGCCUUAUAUUAGCAGAUGCACCGUCUGUGAAGGUCCUGCGAUGGCCAUAGCUAUCCACAGCCAAACCACUGACAUUCCCUCCUGUCCUCAUGGCUGGAUUUCUCUCUGGAAAGGAUUCUCUUUUAUCAUGUUCACAAGUGCAGGUUCUGAGGGCGCAGGUCAGGCUCUGGCAUCCCCCGGGUCCUGUCUGGAAGAAUUCCGAGCCAGUCCAUUUAUAGAAUGUCAUGGAAGAGGAACGUGCAACUACUAUUCAAAUUCCUACAGUUUCUGGUUGGCUUCAUUAAACCCCAAAAGAAUGUUCAGAAAACCUAUUCCAUCAACUAUGAAAGCUGGGGAGUUAGAAAAGAUAAUAAGUCGCUGUCGGGUGUGCAUGAAGAGAAGACAAUGAAGA